UUCGCAAUUUCCUUGAUGACAUCAUCAUGUCGGUAUCUUGAACAUAAACACCUACCUAUCUAGUUCUGCACAUUUUGGUGGCACUGAUAAAUAUGUAAAACAAGAGGGUGUCGAAAGAUUUAGAUUUGAUAUGGCAGAAGAACGCACGGAUGUGCUUAGUCUUACUGACGAUGAAGAAAACGAUGAUUCUGAUUAUGAAAAUUCAUUGCCAGAGUUUCAAGACUCUUUGAGUAAAUGGACGAAUUAUUUACACGGUUGGCAAGAUCGAUUUAUUGUUUUAAAAGAUGGAACAUUGAGUUAUUAUAAAUCAGAGAACGACACGUCGUAUGGAUGUAGAGGAGCCGUCAGCCUAUCAAAGGCCACUGUUACGCCCCACCAGUUUGAUGACUGUCGGUUUGAUGUGGGGGUCAAUGACAGCGUCUGGUACCUGAGAGCCAAAGACGAGGAGGAGAGGCAGAAAUGGAUGAACGCCAUUGAACUGCACAGGCAAGCGGAAUCAGGAUACGGGAGUGAAAACAAUUUACGUCGCCAUGGAUCGCUCAUGUCACUUACGUCAGCAUGUAGUCUGUCCACCACGUCCACUUCCUCAUUCAAAAGGGGACGGGGUUUGUCGGAGAAAGUGGCAGAGAUGGAAACAUUCCGAGACAUUCUGUGUCGACAGAUAGAUACUCUACAGGGCUACUUUGACAGUUGUGCCUCGGCUGUCUCAAAUGGUGCUGUUCAGGAAUUACAUGAGGAUGACAUUGGAGAUCCAGACGACCCUCAUGAUUCCUCAUCCGGGUCAGAUCAUCAUCAAGGUCAACUAUUCCAUAAUCCAAACAGCAAAGACCUCGCUUCAAUAUUGCAACAACACGGAGGCCAUGCAGUGGAUUUCAAAGGGGAAGCUCUCACAUUCAAAGCCACCACCAUGGGGAUCAUACACACACUUACCCACUGUAUAGAACUAAUGGCACAGAGAGAGGAAGCAUGGAAAAAGAGGCUAGAAAAGGAGGUGGAAAGGAGAAAGAAGUUUGAGGAAGCUUACAAAUCAGCCUCAUUAGACAGAGGAAAGCAGAAACUCAUCAUUGGAGGACCAGAUUUUGAGGAGGGUCCUAAUUCGCAAAUGAAGGAGGAAGAAUUCUAUGAUGCUGUCGAUGCGGGAUUAGACAGACUAGAUGAAAAGUUUGACGAGAUGAUGACAGAGAAGGCUUCAGCUGUCUCACAUCAUUCCAAGAUAUCCCUGAAUCCACACCAUCCAUUAUAUAAUGAGAUUAACCAGCUCGUGGAUAACCACCUGACGAGGAUGGAUGAGAAGACAGAGGGAGGGAAGGACACCUGGCAGGUGAUCGCGGAGGAGGGCGACCUCAAGGUGUACAAGCGGGAGCUGGAGGUAAACGGGGUGGUCAUCGACCCACUCAAGGCCUCCUAUGUCGUCAAGGGUAUAACUGGACAUGAAGUUUGUCAUUACUUCUGGAGUAUUGAUGUUCGAAUGGACUGGGAUGCUACUCUGGAGUCCAGUGUGUGCACCGAUUGGUUGGCAGAGGACACAUUUGUCAGUCACAAUGUCAUCAAGAGGGUGUGGCCUGCGUCACAAAGAGAUGCCCUCUUCUGGUCUCAUCUACGACAUGUGACCGGCUCAAACGACGAGGACCCAGACAGGUGGAUAGUCGUCAAUUACUCAACAGAGGACCCCAAAAUUCCUAACAAGUAUGUGCGAGUGACGAUGAAUGUUGCUAUGAUAUGUGAGACUAUCAUUGAUCCCCCAGCAGACGGCAAUAUCAGUCGUGAUGACAUUAAGUGCAAGAUCAGCUACACUGCUGAAGUGAACCCCGGAGGUUGGGCCCCAGCAUCUGUUUUGAGAGCUGUUUACAAGCGCGAGUAUCCCAAGUUCCUGAAGCGGUUCACCUCCUAUGUCAAGGACACGGUCAAGGACAAACCAAUCAUGUUCUAGGAGCCGCUUAGCCAUGUCUUCUCUGUGCCUUCUGUCCUCCUCGUCACUUCCUUUUGUUGUAGAUUAUGCUAGAAGUGUUUUGAAUUUUACUGUUUUUUUCGAGUGACAAGUUGAGAAUAUUGAGUCACUAUUUUUUUGUAACACUCUCAUUUAUAAACUAACAAUUUUCAGUUGAAUUUAAAUUUAAGCUAAUUCAGUACUCAAAUAAUUGAUGUUUAACAGUAUUGCAGUUGGUCAAUUUAUACUGGAUUUUGCAGUGAGAUGUACCAGUAUAAGUGAUUUUAAAAAGGCCAGUCAAUCUUGAAUUUUAGAAAUAUGUUAACUAGUUAUAUGAAUUUUAUAGGAUAAUAUCACCUUGUAAGCUAUGUACAAAAGUAAAAGAGCAAGAGAUGACUGUCUGUGAAAGUGAUUGUAAUGUAAAUAAAACAAUAUAUAUUUUAACCUAUAUGGAUUUCUUAAUUUAUUGUAUGUGAUAUAUAAAAAAAAAACCAAGUACCAUAUUUAUGUCUGUACAAAUCUUUUAUGACUGUCUUUUUUUGCAGAUGUGAUUAAGAAAAAAAAAUUAAUUUGUUAAAACCAAAAUUGCACAUCAGAUUCCUGUAUAUUACAAAUUGAAACAUGUUAGAAAAGGAAAAGUGAAUGUUUUGUCGUCUCUCCAAUUUAUACUACAAAAAAAAAUAGUAAAUCAAUAUUAUAUUAAUCCUUUCUAUGAAAGGACUUUUAAGUGUUCUGGGGCCAUAUACUUGGAAAAUAUAAACUACUCAUUAUUUUUCUAUGCUCAGUGUUUCAAUGGACAUUUUCUGCUGCAUUGUCAUUAAAUGAUUGAAUGCUUUAAUUAUAUUGUUGGAAAAAAUCAGUGUAUUCAAAACACAAAAACAAACAGCAGUUAAGUUGUAAUUCAUGUUCAACUGCUCUUUGUGAUAUUUUUUUGUGAUUUCAUGUUCAACUAUAUUCGAUUUGAAGAAAAUAUUUUCUUGAAAUCACAUUUUGACUGAAAAUGAUGAGAAUACAUGUGAUAUAGGAUUGGAAAUACAGCAUUGUUUUAUACCAUUCCAUACAUCUUUUUUUUUUAACUGACAUAUAAAUUUGCAGUUCAUGGUGUUGAUUUUACAUGAAAAAUUAUUUUGAGGUAUGAAAUUAAUGUCAAGACACAUGAGUCAAUUCAUUAGGGUACUGUACUCCUAUUUCACUGUUCAGACGUGAUCCAUCCAGAAAAUACUGUAAAAAAAAAAGAAAAAAAUAUAAAAUCAACUUUGAAUUCCAAUGUUUCAUAAAGAUAUGCAGCUUUUUCAUGUUAACAAGUUACAGUCUCAAACUCUGGAAGAGUUGUUGGAAAUUCCACUAUCAUUUACAUGUAUAGCUGUGGAUCUACUUUGCACAGCUUAACUUUUCCUUCACAUCAAACUUGUAUGCUAGUUGGUUUUAAUUUUUUGCUCACAUAAAUGUUGUAAAUUCAUUGCAGAUUACAUGCAUUAAUAUAUUGUUAUGACCCAAGAUGGGUUUUUUCUUGAUUGAUAGAUUCGCUUUGUUUAUACCGCAUUGUUGUUUUGAUUGUCAGUGGUGAGAGAGAGAGGGGGGUUUAUCAGAUGUAAUCUGGAUUAGUUAGAAAGAAGUCUUGAAGGCUUUAACUUAAAUGAUGUAUGCAGAGCUUGGUUACUAGUCUGGCAUGUAGAGAUUUUGCAUGUACCAAUCUUUUAAAUCAAGGUCUCCAUGAGAAUGUGGACCUCCCAGUACUGGUCUAUGUAUUACAGACCAGUCUAAAGCCGCUGUUUCUACCAUUACAUGUACCAAUAAUAACUAAAUGUAGCCCUGCUUUGAAUAGAGAUGCACUGUAAAUGUGUUCUAUAUACAUGUAGAUAAUGGUGCAAGAUACACAACUAGUAUUAUAAAAACUACUUGCUUUAAUUGAUUCAAAACUUUGUACAGUGUAUUUAAGACAAUUUUUAGCAAAGAUAAUACUUAUUUCUUAAAUUAGUAUGUAAUGUAUAGUAAAAAAAAAAGUCAGAGAAAUUAAUAUACCAUGCUGGCACUGAUUAAGUGCACUAAUAUGACUCUUUCACACAAUCAGACAUUGUUGUAUUGUCAUGUUCUCAGGUCAUUUUAACUUGUUAAGUAAUAUAGUCUAUCAAUGUUUACAAUCAUGGCAUAGUGGAUGAGUAUACGAAACCAUUUCAUAGAUAAACCUGACUUGUUUGUGAAUAGUGAUAUGUGGUGUUACCUCCCUUUGUAUAUACAUCUUCCUGCAAUCAAACAUACAUGUAUGUACAUUUCCCCUUAUGUUUAUGUAUAUAUUCAUGAAAUUAUUAAAUUUUGUACAUAUUACAUG